AUGGAUAGGGCGGAUACACCAACCACUAUCAAGAAAAAAACUCAGUUCAGUGAGGUUACCCCUCCCCACCCCCGGCCGGACACUCACUCUUCUUAUUUCCCUCCGGUCGCUCGGCCAGCUCAAUGUUCAGCCCUUUUGUCGCAACUAGACUCUCAGGUUGAUCUGUACAUAUCUCCUCUUUGUCACUUCCUUCGCCGCUCUGUAUUCUGUCCCCCUUUUACUCCUGUCAAUUGCUUUCUUUUCCGCUCGUCGGCGUUGCUGGACGCUGGUAUCAUUGUGGGGUUGGGUCUUCCACUAUCUCUGGGUGGGUUGUUUAAAAUUGGAGAUUCUUGUAACAACAUUUUUCAAAAAUUGCCGGACCUUACCGUUGAACGCGCCCGAAUAUGCGGUCUUGAUUUCGUUCGUCAGCCGCUCUUUACCAGUCUGGAUUCCCUAGAAUCUGGCCAUUGGCAUCUAUAUUGA